AUGUAUUCUCAACACCUUCUUUCCGUCGCUGUCUUGACAGCUAAUCUUGUCUCUGCAUCAAGCAACCCGACAUACUUCAACCUCACCGCCAUCUCUGCCGUGAACAAUGCUUCAUUAUUCCAAUGUUGGCAACUAACAACCCCAAUCACUUCAUCUGCCCAGAAUGGUCUUUCGGGAAGCAUGGUGCAGCAAUUGGGCGCUUUGAACGGCAAUGCUACCUACGGCUACCUUCCGGCAAACUUCCCGGGUGCAAAUCAUCCAGCGCCAGGAAACCAAUAUGUCGUUAUCUUGUCUGGCAAAAUGAUAGUCACAGUCCCAAACACUACUGAGCGCGCAAUCUUCACAGGAGGGGCAAAUAGCGUGAUUAUUGCUGCGGAUACGGCGGAUAAGAGUAUCAUCGGCCAUGUCACAGGAACAUUGAAUGAGCCUGUAGCAGCUUUGCAGAUACCUUUUUUGAAUGGUCAAAUUCCUCCUUACAAAGUGUUAUACAAUGGCGCUUGUGAAUCUAGGGAACUUAACUUUUGUUAG